AUGGGCAGAAAUGAAGAAGAAGAGGUUGAAGCUAAACAUGUAUAUGAUAUAGAAGAGGCUCAACCAACAGAGAUACCAAGACCACCUCUACCGUUCCCUCACAGACUCAAGAAGAAAUCUUACGACGGUAAGUUUGCAAAGUUCAUAACUAUGCUGAAGCAGCUAUCAGUGAACAUCCCAUUAGUGGAAGCUCUGGAGCAGAUGCCAAGAUAUGCUAAAUUCAUGAAGGACUUAGUCACAAAGAAAAGAGCUUGUUAUUGCUACAAUAUCUCUGGUGCAGAAAAAAAGGAUCCAGGUGCAUUCAUUAUACCUUGCACCAUAGGAUCAUUUGAGUUUGCAAAGGCCCUGUGUGAUUUAGGGGCAAGUAUAAAUCUGAUGCCGCUAGUUAUUUACAAGCAAUUAGGAUUAGGGAUUCCAAACCCCACUGCGAUGAGGUUGAUGAUGGCAGAUAGGUCAGUGAAGUGGCCUAUGGGUAUCUUAUUUGAUGUGCUUGUAAAAGUGGACAAUUUCAUUUUUCUGGCAGACUUCGUGAUUCUGGAUUGUGAAGUAGACUUUGAAGUUCCCAUAAUUUUGGGGAGGCCAUUUCUGGCUAUAGGUCGAGCUUUGGUUGAUGUUGAGAGUGGAGAGAUAAAAUUCAGGCUCAACAAUGAGGAGGUGAAGUUUAAGAUAUGCAAGUCUAUGAAGCAACCAUAA